UUUUUGGACAACAUAAUCUUAGAAAGUGGAAGAGAUUGAAAAGAAGAGAAUCUGGAUAACGAUUCAGGAACACCUUCUAACUUCGAUUCAUCCUAUGAAUGAGGAUGAAUCAUUGAAAUUCAACCCAACAAACCUCAAACCAAAUCCUUAAAAUUUGCAAAAUAUAAUAAUGGCUUUGAGAAGUUGCUCUACCCUUUUACGCAGCACUUUCUUCCACCAACACCCUCAAGCUUCCAGAACCUUUGUCUCAAUCUUGUUCCCCAGAUCAACUUCACCCACUUGCAUUCAUGAAUCCCACAAAGACAUACACUUAGCACCUUCUUUCAGCAAGAGGAGCAUUCUUCUCACAACGUUUCUGUGGGGUCAGGGUAUGUUGUUGCCAAAUGCCCGUGAUGCAUUGUUGUUGGCUCAAGAAUUGGAGCUUCAGAGAUACACGGAUUCCGAUGAAGGUUUCACUCUUCUUACACCCUCUUCUUGGACUAAGGUUGAUAAAGCAGGGGCAACUGUGUUGUUUCAAGAGGCAGAUAUGGGAAGUAACAAUAUUGGGGUUGUGGUAAACCCAGUUCGUCUUAAGACCCUUGAAGAAUUUGGGACUCCUCAGUUCGUUGCUGAUAAACUUUUACAAGCAGAAAGACGUAAGGAAAGUACAAAGGAGGUCGAGUUGAUUACAGUAGCAGAAAGAUCAGGGGAGGGAGGGUUACAGAUUUAUGAAUUUGAAUACAAGGUUGAUAGUACCCGGGGAGGGAUGAAGAGGAUAUUUUCUGCAGCUUUUGUAGCCUCAAAGAAGCUCUAUCUUCUAAAUAUUGUUCACUCUGAUAAACUAGAGAUUCCUCUUGACCCAAAUAAGAGAAUGAUUUUAGAACAAGUUCUUCAUUCCUUUGAUGCAGCAGCUUAAACUGUGGUAUAAAAAAAUCCGGUUCUUCUGAUUUUUUUAUUCUUUCUUGAGUUUUGAUUUGAUUCCUAAGUUAUGGAUAAUGACUUAUGUUCAAAUCCUUACAUUGAAAGUCACCAUUGUCAAGCUGACUGAAAAUUUGAAGUGAAUAUUACACUAAUGCUAGUGUUACCACCGUACUUGUAACCGGCAUAAUACUUCAACAUGAUAUUUAGUUAAAAGGGAAAAACAGAAGAAUGCUUGUGUACUAGUGUAUAUUUAUAGACAGGUGAUCUAUUAGUUUUUUAUUUUUAUUUUUCUUGGGGUAGAUGAACUGCCAUUUACGUAUUCGGGUGGUGAUUUUCCAAAUUAAUUAUUUCCUAGGUGAAUGCUCAUAUGUGACAAACUGACAAUACUUGCAAUUGUUUUUGCUGUGCAUAUAGUUAUCUCUUUGAAGUCU